GUGUGUGUGUGUGUGUGUGUGUGCACGCACGCGUGCGUGCAUGUGUGCAUAUGCAUGUGGGUUCAUAUGUAUGUGUGCAUAUUCGUGUGGGUGCAUGCAAGUGUGUGUGUGUGUGUGUGUGUGUGUGUGUGUGUGUGUGUGUGUGUGUGUAUGCGCGCGUGCGUGUGCCUGUGUUGUUUUAGUAACAGGCUCUCUUCCCACCUCAGUCGUUGGUUCGCUCACUCCCUUAUGUGAUGAAUCAAUGCUUCCAGUACAGGGGCUUCUGAGUGACUGCGGGAACAAUUACUUCCAAAUGACCUCCUGCAUCUUAGCGGGGAGCAUUGAGACCUCACCCAAGGUCUCUCCUGGAGAAUCUGAAGCCAAACCUCUGAUCUUCACAUUUGUCCCCACUGUCAGAAGACUACCAACCCACAUUCAGUUGGCUGACACUUCCAAAUUCCUUGUUAAAAUUCCCGAGGAACCAAGUGAUAAGAGUCCAGAAAGAGUAAAUAGGUGUGAGUACAGUGGCCAUAUGACCUUCAGCUGUGACAGCCAACAGGAGAGAGACCAGAGGAUACUGGCUUAUCCCUCGGAGGUCAGUGGAAGGAACUCACAAGGAAAGAAAUUUGAUAUGAACGAACCACAAGGAAUGCAGAAAGGUGACCUCUUCAAAGCAGAAUAUGUUUUUAUUGUGGAUUCUGAUGGGGAAGAUGAAGGUACAAGCAGACAAAGUGAACAAGGCACCCUGGGGGAAACCGGCAACAUAGCUACCCGGCCCAAGUCUCUGGCUAUUUCUUCCAGUCUGGCCUCUGAUGUGGUGCGUCCCAAAGUACGUGACGUUGAUCUCAAGGCCUCAACAUAUCCCAAAAUUCCUCAUGGGAUGGCCCCUCAGCAAAAGCACGGACAGAAAACGCCACCGGUCCCAGCUAACGUCAGCGGAGCCUCUGUGCUAGAGGAGUUUCACACUCGCAGGCUGGAUGCCACAGGGGCCUCGGUGGAAGAAUCAGCUACGUAUUUUCACACUACUGCUCACGAGUCCCCCCUUUCUGCGUGGAGGGGCGCCUCGUCAUUAUUAUUUCCCCCUUCCACUCAACUGCCCCGUUCUAGUUCAUGUGGCUCAAAUGUUGCUGCUCACACACCUGGACUGGCACCCGAAGCACAGAAGAAAAUGUCAACUUCGCAUGUCCUUGAUCCCAGGGAAGAUCUGAAAACCUCUCCUUCACCUGCCUCUGGUGCUUCUCUGAAGUCACCUUCAGCUUCCUACAUACCGGUCCGCAUUGUCAUGCAUUCACUGUCUCCAAGUCCCAAACCACUUACCUCCUCUUCCCAUGGCUCCUUAUCUACUGUCUGUAGCCGAAUGUCAUCCAGUGGAAAUCUUUCAAAGUCAGGGCUCAAGUCCCCGGUACCCUCGCGGCUCUCUCUCCUCACUGCUAUCCUCAAAUCAAACCCUUCUCACCAAAGGCCUUUAUCCCCUGCAUCCUGCCCAACCUUCUCUCUCAAUUCCCUGACCUCAUCCACUCUCACACUUGAUCAAAAAGUAAAGCAAACUUCACCCACACCUAAGAAAUCUCUCUCAAGUUGCUCCUUGACAGCUGGGUCUUUAGAGCAAGGAGAACUCCAGGCUUCUGCAGAGACCCACCUACCCUGCCACCUCCCUUUCUUUCCCAAGUCUACCCCACUAUCUCAGAUGUACCCCCUCUCUCCACUAGCCCCCGACAGUAGCAGCUAUGCUUCUAUGAAUAUAGAGAAAAUACCACGAGGCACACUGAGGAACAGUCCAACACUAUCCCAAUUACAGACUGACACGUUCGGUUUUGCUGAUGUCCCUCCAGUCACACCGGGCUCAUCCCCUCUUUCCUCUUCGGAGGGCAGACAGGAUGGUAACCUCAGGAGUCCAGAAAAGAACAGGAAUACUUGCACACACCCUUUCCCCUUAUUAUCCUCUGCAUCUCCUGUUAAUGAGAGCACUGCCCUUUCCUCUCUAGAGAAACGUUUCCACCCCUCCCCAGCUCUCUCAGACCUGAUAGACAGAUCCAAAAGAGCUUGCUCUCAACAACACUCAAGCCGGGGACUGAGCCCUUCGGUUCCUUCUGCUCCUCCUAUCUCCCAUGCUAGCUCUGCUUGUCAUCCCAACUUAGGGCUCUCCAUUCUUCCUCCUGAGAGUUCACUAACCCAGGUACUCCAGCCUAGUCCUUCAGAACUGCACCUAAGUUAUGGCAAUGGUACAUAUCCUUCAAGAACUGGACCUCCAGAAAGCAUAAUAUCCAACCACAGCUCACUUGUUCCAACCCCAUCACUUCCUGUCUCUCUAACAAGAACCAAGGAGCUGACCUCACCUUGCGCACUGUCCAUGUCAACAGACCCUGAAAAUAAGAAGCCCAAGCAAUACAAGACCAAGUCAAGCUACAAAGCUUUUGCAGCAAUCCCUACAAACACAUUGCUCUUGGAACAGAAGGCACUAGAUGAACCAGCCAGGACUGAAAGCAACUCCAAGGCCAGCGUGUUAGAUCUACCAGUGGAGUUGUGUUUCCCUGCACAGCUCAGGCAGCAAACUGAAGAGCUCUGUGCUACUAUUGAUAAGGUCUUGCAGGACUCCUGGUCUAUGCAUUCUUCUGAUUCUCCUUCACGGCCCCCACAGAAACUGUUGGGUUCUGAAACCAUCAAAACUCCUACAACUCAUCCAAGAGCAGCUGGUCGAGAAACCAAAUAUGCAAAUCUUUUAUCAUCAUCUUCUACAGCAUCUGAGAGUCAACUGACUAAGCCUGGAGUAAUUCGCCCAGUACCUGUCAAAUCCAAACUACUACUGAGAAAGGAGGAAGAAGUUUAUGAACCCAACCCCUUCAGUAAAUACCUUGAAGACAACAGUAGCCUGUUUUCUGAGCAGGAUGUGGCCAUCCCUCACAGGCCUGUCUCUCUCCAUCCUUUAUAUCAGUCUAAACUCUACCCUCCUGCUAAAUCCCUGCUGCAUCCACAGACCUUGUCUCAUGCUGACUGUCUUACCCCAGGACCCUUCAGUCAUUUGUCCUCCUUCUCACUGAGGGAUGAACAGGAGAAAUCCCCCACUCUCCUUAGUCAGAACACAUGCAAUAAGCUGGGCAUCUUUUCUGUGAAGCUGGGUCAUCCCAUGGUGACAAUUCCUGAACAUGACACUCUUGACUCUAAAGAGUGAUGAAGUUGGAGCAGAAGUGAAAACCAGUUUGCUGAAGAGUUUUGGAAUGCCGGUGAUAACCAUUUGCUAGAUUUCACUCAUGCUUUUUCAGAAUGAAGCUCUGUUGAUGAGCUCAGUUCAGCAGAAGCACCUGAAAGGUUUGCUGCAGCCACAUAGCAUCGGUACACUCACAAAACCCAGAGCAGGAUGAUAGACCUGUAACUUCUAGCAUUGCCGUUCAAGCCUAUAAUGCCUUCUAUAAAGUUGACAGCAAUACUAAUGCACCCCUAUAUUAAGCAGCUAAAUAAAGAAAAAUUAUACCUGAAUACAAAAUGACUGGGACUGUUUUGUCAAUGGUCGUUUUGUUAAUGUAUACAUUACUAACUGAAUCAGGUUUCAUUAUUGAGAGCAUAUCUCAGAGGAUGCUGAUACUUUAGGGUCUGUCAACGAAACUGUAAACAAGAGUACUUUUCAUAAUGCAUGCUGCUUCCUAAACUGUUAGGUUUCUGACAUGGUGUAUGGACUGUGUCCAAGGGACAGCCUAAGGGUAAUGACCAAUAUUGUGCAGGGAUGACUUGAACAGUCAUGUCUUUGCUUAUGGCUACAUGAUUCCUAUGAAAGCCGUCUCACAGGUGGUGCUCCCACAGAGCAAACCCACACUACAAUGGCAGUCUUAAGAGGCCAGCAGUGCCACCGCUGCUGCCAACCCUGUUGAGCAUGCUCCACUUGUCUCCCAGUUGUCACCUCAGCAGUUGACCUUGGUUACCUCUAGUGAUUUCCUUCUUCUGCCCCUAGGGAAAACCAAGACAACACCCACCAGAGAGUUCUCAGCAGUUCCCAGCAGCAAACUUCAGGUAGCAAAGGAGCCUUUGCAAAAUCUUUUUGACUUUGGCAUGUAGCUCACAUUUCCUGAGAGACAGAUCUCCAUUACUGCUUCUCCCUCCCACUGCCUCCUCAGCCCAGCCACCCCACUCAAAGGAGGUUGCUAUGAGGGAGCAACAGGAAUCAGAAUGCUCCAUUACCAGCCAUUGGAUGGUACCUGGAAAUAUAAACUUCUUUUGGUUUCCCCUACUAGUAUUAGAAAUGCGUAUCUUCUCAGUAAAGCUAUCUGCUCUUUCAUCUCCCCUAAACAACUACACCAUCUCCAUGAACCACUUAACAGGUCUCAACAUUCACUGGGUCUUAUUAUACACCAGUUACCACAAGUUCUUAAGAUGCAUUUGAAUUAAUAUUCAUAAUGAAUUAUUUUGUGAGGCAGAUGAUAUCUUUACCUAUGUUUUAUGUUUGCAAAAGUAGGCAUAUCCAAAUGGUUAAAUCAAGCUAAUAAAUGUUAGGAGUAGAAAGACAGGUAAUUUGAUUCUAGUAUAUUCACCAAUAUACUUUCCUUGCUGUUUCAUUUAUUAAUUCAUUUACUCAUUCAUUCAAUUUUUGAGUUGGUCAUACAAUUGGUUAUAUUUGGCCAAAUUCCUUUCUGUAAUUAUUAAUUUGUAACUGUUAUUUAUAGUAUUUUCUAUUUUUCCCUUGCAGAAGGCAAAUAUCCUUAUGUGUCUGAUGUUUAUGUAUGUUUGAAGAUGUUUUGGUUUUUGGCAUAAGUAUUUAAUAAGUGUAAAUUUUAUUGAUUACAUUGUUUCCAAUAUAGGUGUACCCAUUUUUGUUCCUACCAGAUAUUCAACACCUGUAAAGGCAACUUUUUAUAUGCAAAGGUUGUUUGAAUGUGGUAUCCUAUUCGUCUAGUUUUCAAAGGCUUGUGUUAGCCAUUUUAUGUUGCUGUGACAAAAUAAUGGACAUUAACAGCUUAAGAGUAGGAGUGAAAUUUAUUUUGGCUUGUGGUUUCAACCCUCACUGCUCACCAAUUCCAUUUGUGAGGCAUUUAAAAACAAACAAACAAACAAAACAUUUCGUUGUGCAAAUCCAAUAGGCCUCAUUAUUUUAUUGUGAACAUUUUCUUUGGGGGAAAUGAAAUGUAUAGUGUGCUGAACUGUAGUGUUCAUUCUAGUUUCUGAAGUAAAGAAGUAAGAGAGAA